ACAGAAGCAUGACUUCGAUUUCAAGCACCUGAGCUGCGUCCUGAGUGUGAAAAUCAAUGAAGCGACUGUCUGCAGCAGCUGCAGCCGAGGCCUGGUGAAAAUAUGGAGCGUGGACGACGGAUCGCUGCUCAGGGUGACAGGAUCUAUGGACAUCAGAGAUGUUAAAAUAGUUAUAUUAAUAUAAAGUCAAGUCUCCUUUAUCAAGGUGAUCCGACCUCAUGGAAGCUCAGUGAAGUGUUUGUUUUUGGAUGAAUGGUAUCUCCUUUCCGGACACUCUGAUGGCGCGGUCAUGGCGUGGAGCGCCCGUUCCUGUACGAAAGAGUGCCUUGGAAUAUUCAAGCAUCCAAAGUGAGAUAAAAAGCUCCAAAAGAGCCUUGAAUCUGUCCUACAAGGUAUUUUAAAUAAUCAAAAUAGGUUAUAUAAGAGAUGUUUGUUCCAUUCCUGCAGGGCAGUCAUUUCUGUGGUGCUCACCUUCCUCCGUGUCGUCACCGGCUGUACGGAUGGAAACAUUCGCAUUUUUAAUUUCCUCACUAGAGACUGUUUGAGAGAAAUCCCAGUAGAUCUUAAAUCUGGCCACAUCUUGUCCCUACACUUCCACGAACACAGCAUCCUGGUGAACAGUACAUCCGGUGUGCAGCUUUACUGCUUCGCCAAAGUGUUCUGGGAUUACAUGGACUCAGCAAAAGGAGACCGCAGGGAUGCGGUGGCUCGUGGUGAUUCGGUUUCCGGGAGCCCAGCGGCUUUGAUCAAAGGGUUUUCUUACACGAGGGGAGGUCACGUGAUCUCCUCCGGGCAAAAGAUGGACGCCAGUGGAAGCACAAAGACUUGUGUGCUGGAAACUCAUUUAAAAGGGGUUUGUGGGGAGACUGUGAAACAGUCAGUGAUUCAGAGCGAGAAGGCUGCGGCUGACAGGAUGAAGAGGAGAGGCCCUCAUCAUCCUCCGAAGAGGGACUUCCUCCUCCUCAGGGUCGGCAGCAUGUGGAGGGCGCUGUGUCCAGAUGAAGUCAGCUUCAACAUGGAGUACAACGCCAUGCUGCAAGAUUCCUGGGGUCCUCCUGCACCUCCUCGGGGUCCUUUACACUCUGCAGAAGUGCUGAUUCAGUCCACAGGUGAUGGUCAUCGCAGGAGGUCCAAAACCUGUGUUCCGAUUCUGGACAAAGUCAAAGUGGAUGAGUGCCCCCCAAAGGAAGAUUUAUUCAACGUAUAAGUCGUGGUUUUUUUGGGGUUUUUUGGGGGGGGGUUGGGGGUCCAAUUUAUACCCAGGUGCCACUUGCAAAUGACUUUUUCAAAAAUAAAUAGCAACAGAUAAAUAGAACAAUUUGAUAUUUAUAGUUUAUUUUUCAUUGGAAGUGGUCGCUUGAAUGCAUGUUGACGAUGAUGCUGUGAACGUAGCUUCAUACUCCAGGCCGACUUACAGUCUGAAGAAUACGGACUUUAAAAGGAGACUCUGGUCACCUUAAAGAACAGUCUCACAGACUGAUAAGUGUUUUUAGUCAAACUUCUAUAGUGGAGUCAAACAGAGAAUAUGUAUUAAAUGGUGUAUUCUUAUAUACACACAAUCACACACUGAUGGCAGCUCCACUGCCUAACACUGGCGCCAACCUAUAACCACC